CCAUGGUGGUCACAUGCCAGGACACCUCCGACUACUUGAGAACACACGUGUGAUGGUGCAAUUUCUGCUUUUCUGAAAGAACUCGGAGGAGACCUGAUAGAGGAGCUUGGGGAACAUCUCCGUCAGGACACAGUCCCUGCAGGUCAAUGAAAUCUACCACGAUGAGUCUUUGGGGGCCCACAUCAACGUGGUGCUGGUGCGGAUCAUCCUGCUGAGCUGUGGGAAGUCCAUGAGCCUCAUCGAGAUCGGGAACCCUUCCCAGAGCCUGGAGAAUGUCUGCCGCUGGGCCUACCUGCAGCAGAAGCCAGACACAGACCACGACGAGUACCACGAUCAUGCCAUUUUCCUCACUCGGCAGGACUUCGGGCCAUCGGGCAUGCAAGGCUACGCUCCUGUCACUGGGAUGUGCCACCCUGUUCGCAGCUGCACCCUGAACCACGAGGAUGGCUUCUCUUCGGCCUUUGUGGUGGCCCAUGAGACUGGCCACGUGUUGGGCAUGGAGCACGAUGGGCAAGGCAACCGCUGCGGGGACGAGGUGCGGCUGGGCAGCAUCAUGGCGCCUCUGGUGCAGGCCGCCUUCCACCGCUUCCACUGGUCUCGCUGUAGCCAGCAGGAGCUCAGCCGCUACCUGCACUCCUACGACUGUCUGCGGGAUGACCCCUUCGCCCAUGACUGGCCGGCGCUGCCCCAGCUGCCGGGGCUGCACUACUCCAUGAAUGAGCAGUGCCGUUUCGACUUUGGCCUGGGCUACAUGAUGUGCACGGCGUUCCGGACUUUAGACCCCUGCAAGCAGCUGUGGUGCAGCCACCCCGAUAACCCCUACUUCUGCAAGACCAAGAAGGGCCCCCCCUUAGAUGGGACGAUGUGCGCUCCCGGCAAGCAUUGCUUUAAGGGACACUGCAUCUGGCUGACACCUGACAUUCUCAAACGGGAUGGCAACUGGGGCGCCUGGACCCCAUUCGGCUCUUGCUCACGCACCUGCGGCACAGGUGUGAAGUUCAGGACCCGCCAGUGUGACAACCCACCCCCAGCCAAUGGUGGUCGCACCUGCUCAGGCCUUGCCUACGACUUCCAGCUCUGCAACCCUCAGGACUGCCCAGACACCCUGGCCGACUUCCGCGAGGAACAGUGCCGACAGUGGGACCUGUACUUUGAGCAUGGUGAUGGCCAGCACCACUGGCUACCCCACGAGCACCGGGAUGCCAAGGAACGUUGUCACCUCUACUGCGAGUCCAAGGAGACCGGGGAGGUGGUGUCCAUGAAGCGCAUGGUGCACGACGGCACACGCUGCUCCUACAAGGACGCCUUCAGCCUUUGCGUGCGCGGGGACUGCAGGAAGGUGGGCUGCGAUGGGGUGAUCGGCUCCAGCAAGCAGGAGGACAAGUGUGGUGUGUGCGGAGGAGACAACACCCGGUGCAAGGUGGUUAAGGGCACAUUCACACGCUCCCCCAAGAGGCACGGCUACAUCAAGAUGUUUGAGAUCCCUGCGGGAGCCAGGCACCUGCUCAUCCAGGAGGCAGACGCCACCAGCCACCACCUGGAUGUCUGGACAAUGUGGUCAAUGAGCAGAGUACUUCCCCACCAGUGCCACACCUCCAUGCCUUGCUGACCAGUGGAGACGAGCCUCCCACACAGACAGACAUCUUUGACCUCCUCAAAGCCUCCUAUGAGAAAUUCAGCAUCCUGCGGGCCAGCGACAUUGAACAGAUGCGGUUUAAACAGGCUGAAAGUGAUCCAGUGCUUG